UCAAUUUUCAGACUAUGAUUGAAACAUCUACAAGAAUAUCACAACUAGUACCAGAAAGGCUGUGGUCAGAAGUGACAGAAGCAAGCAUACUUUUUAUAUAUGAUAUUGCAUAUAUUAUAGUGGGAUUCAUUAUUGCUAUCAAACUAUAUAAUCAGAGAAAAGUCAAACGACCAAUUCAACACAAUGGGCAGUCAGGAAACCACAACUCAUUUCUACUUUUCAAAACUAGCUUGUUCGCAAGUGAUUGCAUGAUUAUGUUUAUCUAUGCAGCUGUGAAAGCUCUCUGGCUAUUACAAUUCGAAUGGAAAUAUGGUUCAUUAUGGUGCAAAAUGUACAGAUACUGGUCAUCUGUGGCAUUCUUUUCGAACUCGAAUAUAGUUUGCGGUAUAGCAUUGGAUAGGUAUCUUUCGGUGUACAGUAAUCAUAUUAUUGGUGUUCGUCAGUACCAAAGAACUAAACGGAUGCUAUAUGCUGUGUGGAUUAUUGCAUUAAUCGCCGCGCUUCCGCAGCUCAUCGUCUGGGAAACGUAUCGUCCCAGUUCAGAAGACUGGGAGCAAUGUGUCACCGUAUUUGCCAUUGAUCUACACAAAUUACCACUCAAUUCACCAAAAAAAGAUGAGAUCAACUUUUGCUCCAUGCUCUAUGAAGGGUACCAUCAAGCAAUGGCAUUCUGGUUGCCCUUAAGCAUAACAAUUGCUUCCUACGUUCGCAUGAUGAGCAGGCUUAUUCCAUUUUGGCCGUUCACAGUGCUCAACCACUAUGAAGACGAGCGACAACAAACACUAUGUACGAUUUUCUGGAGCAAAAUUAGUGAGAAAAUACGAAGCUUCUUCUGCGUAACCAUUUUUCGACGGAAAAGCUAUGCAUCUCAGCAAUCAGUGAGAGUUCCAUUGGCUGAAACAAUACGUCAUCCACCAACUACAGCUCUUCGACGACAACUAGGCACAACAGUAUUUAAAAAUGCUUGUGCAAUAAUUGUGACCCAUAUUAUUCUUUGGCUCCCGUAUAAUAUUAUCAGUUUGUCAAGAUUCGUAAACGAAGGUUUUUACGAGACCAUUUCUCAAAAUGGCGGAAAUCUUUUCGAGCUCCUUAUUCUGCUCAGCUCGUUUUUGAAUCCAAUCCUAUACUCUGGCGGGACCAACACAGCUCAUCGAGUCUAGCUUUAGAGGAAACUUAGAUAAACUAUGUAUGAAUAUUUUUUGACUAUGUAUUAUGCAUUUGUGAUCUAUGACGCCGUUAUCGGUGUGUCACGAUUUUUUUUUCUUUUUUCCUAGUUUUUUCUCCGGGGGUCUACGCUGAAUUAUAAUAAUAAAAUAGAUGGAAAA